AUCUCCCGCACCCGCACCUGUUCACAAAUAUUUGCGCGCUAAAAGCAUUUCGCACGCAACGCUCUAUAACGCGCGAAUUUAUUUGAUCUCAGUUUAGUAGCGCUUACCGAUUUGUCGCGCUUUGUCGUGUAUCGCGAAUCUAAAAAGAAACGGCGAAUUCGUCGCGCACACCGACGUCCACUUGGUUCUCGUCGUGCGAGACCCACGUCGUUAAUGUACUCGGCUGCCACGGGCGGGACUUGAUAAUUUACUCAUGCGUCAUAUCGGCCAGCCGCUACGAAAAGGAACAAACGAACUCUCGAGGAAUGCGGUCUCUCUCGUAGCUUCUUUGCGUAGAAGAUCUUCUUGGAGGAAGUAACUGCUCGACGAUCGCAGCACUGAUAUCUAGAAUGAAAUAACAAAUAACCGGUUAUCGACGCCGAAAUCUUGGCAAGGCAAUGCAAGACUUGAUGCGAAGUCCUUGCAAAUUCUGGAUCGAUAAGAGGAUCCUUGAAGAGUCCCGAUUCGGCUGUUUUGACAAAAAUGAAAUUUAUCCCACAAGUGUGCGUUGUAAUGCUUGUUCGUCGUGUCGAGUUUCCUCGGAAUCGCAAGGAAACGUCGAUGAGAAUUUGGAGCUACCGUAAUUUUUCGAAAUAUCCGUAGCAAGAAAAUCUCGAGUUGCGACUCGCACCCAUGAAAAAUGUUUCGCGUCAAUGUGUAGUGUAUAAAGAAUAUACUCGUAAAUGUGCAACAGCGCAAAGUCGAUCGUCACUAUCGUGCGGCCGUUAACGUAGAUAUAUCUUCUUCUUAAAGGUCGUGGCCGAACGACCUCUCGAGCACUGUCGUAGCCACAACGGUUUCAUAUUGCCGCACGAUUUACGCAUUUUUUCUUCACUCGGAUAUGCGUGUAAAAACAAUCCGACGCUGAUAUUUGACUUAUUGGAGGCAAAUUUAUUUAGGAGCGCAGCACGACGCGACGAAAUUCCCGACGAGCCUCAGGAUUCGCGGCAAUCGAGCUCGAUUGCGUAUCGCGGAGUACGCGCGAUACCUAAAAUAUACGAGCGAGAAUCCGCCGACUCUAUCGACGAAAUACGGAAAGAGGAAAGCGAAUUCGAGAUUACUCGCUCGGCAUCGUUCGUGCGAUACUACCAUUGUUGAUUAGCCGCCAAGGUCCAUGGACGACGGUGCAGCGUCGGAUCGUGCGAUUCGGAUGACGUCGCAUUGCCGAAGACCACCUCACGACUGGAUCAGUAAACUUGUACGUACGCUCGGUCUUCUUACGUCCGACGCCUUUUCGCCCACGUGGUCAUUGCGGCUGAUAACUCGAGUACACAUACAUGCAAUAUAUCGCAGAUUAGCUCGGCCGGGGGAAAAGAGGGAGAGAGAGAGAGAGAGAGAGAGAGAGAGAGAGAGAGAGAGAGAGAGAGGAAGAACGGGAGAUAGAUGGAGAGCCCGAGAAAGAAAGAGAGAGAUAGAGAGAAAGAGGAGUCUGAUACAAGCCUCGCCAUAUUGGCGAAUCUCCGUGAAGGUGCACGUAGUGCGAGUUACGGUGGUGUAUUGCUGCCCAGGUGAUCCACGCCGCGGCUAAAGUAGGAUGAAGUGGUGUGAGGUCGACAGAUCGAGGGUGUCGUUGCUGCAGAGUCGACGUUAUCCCCCCGUUGCCGCCAAGAACCGACGCCGUCACAUCGUCGAUCAGCAGCAGCAGCAGCAGCAGCAGCAGCAGCAGACGAAGGACAGGCCGGUCGCGAUGCAUCAUCAGUUCCAUGUCGGUUACAACGGCGUGCAAGGCGGUACGAAUGUAAAGAGAUACCACUGCCGCACACUGCGGCAAUGCCGACGUGAAUGCCGACGUCUUGCGACCUGGAGAACAGUGAUACGAGCAAGUCGACGAGUUUUGCGCACGGUGUUAUGCUUUGUAAUUCUUCCUGCUCUGUAGAAUGAAAGAAGGCGACGAAGGAAUCUCGAUUCUGCUUUGGGCGCGCGGAUUGUUUCUCAAACUUUGGAGAGACGAACGACUCUCGAUGUCGCUCGAUUGUAACGGCAAACAAAAGAAGCAAUGUUGAGUGCUGAGGCUACGAGAAUAGAAAGCAAAAAUGUUUAAAAUGCCGACGAUUCAACUUUCGGAUCGAAAUCCGUUCGUGUAGUUCAGCUGUUUGAACAGCUCGUUACUUGUUCUUCGAGAAGACGGAAGGUGGAAAUUUAUAGCGUU